AUGGCUGUGUCAGCUACGCUCCUCACUCUUCUCCACACGUACUGGCAGUACGCGAUUCCUUGUCUGUGUGUCGUCUAUCUCCUCUCAAACCGGUAUCAAAAGGGACUCAACCGAAUUCCAGGGCCAUGGCUCAACUCAUUUUCUACGCUGCCGCGCAUGUGGUCAGUUUACAAGGGAGAACAUCACCUCCAAGACCUUGAACUGCACGCUCGGUAUGGCAAGGUUGUGCGAGUGGCUCCAAACUUGGUGUCUGUCGCCGACACAAACGAAAUCAAUCAACUCUACGGAAUCACGACAAAAUUCAUCAAGUCUCCAUUUUACAAUCUCUCGGCCGUGUAUGACGAAGAUGGCCUGGUACCGGAUCCAUUCGUCAUUCGCAACGACAAGACGCUGCAUUCCCGCAUGAAGAGAAAUGCUGCCAAUGCCUACAGCUUGAAUGGCCUAAUUCAGGUCGAGCCGUGGGUUGAGCCCGUCCUCUCGCGCUUCGUUGGAAUCUUGGACGAUCACGCUCAAGCUAAUGCCAUUUGUGAUUUGGGAGAACUCUUAAAACGGUUCGCCAUGGAUGCUGUAUGCAGCCUGACGUUUGGAAGCGAUUUUGGGUAUCUGGAAAAGGGAGACGACCUCAAUUUCUUCAAGAGCAUCGACUUGUUCACCGCAUACAUGUCAAUUUUCGGACAUGUCGCUUGGCUUCACCCGUACCUUUUGGGAAAUGCCAGGGUGGCUCAAUUUGCAACAAGCGGCGAUACUUCCUCAGUGGCAAUGGUUCAAAUCACAGCCAAAGAAUUGCAGAAAUUUCGAGACUCUCCCCCGGUUGAAGGCGACGCCAUGACAUUCCUGAACCGUCUUGCCAUGAACCAGAGCGCGAAUCCUAAAUCCAUCAACGACCGCGAGAUUAUUACCCACGCAUUUGGAAACGUAUCUGCUGGCUCCGACACGACAGCAAUUGCCAUGAGGGCAGUCAUGUAUCACACACUUACGAACAAGGCCGCGUAUGCCCGACUUUGUUCUGAGAUCCGCGACAAUCUCUCUGAGCCCGUCCGUUUUCAGCCAGCGUUUAGUCUACCAUAUCUCAAGGCCGUGGUUCAAGAAGCGAUGCGCAUGCACCCAUCAGUUGGACAGCUCCUUGGACGCACCGUACCUACCGGAGGAGCAGUCAUUGGCGGUUUCCGAGUUGGCGCUGGUGCUGAGGUCGGCAUGUCUCCUUGGGUUCUACAUCGUGACCCCGAGGUAUUCCCAGAUCCCGACGCUUUCAAACCAGAGAGAUGGAUUCUCGGUGAAGGGUGCCACGAUGAAGACCAUCUACGACGAAUGAAUAGGUCAUUCUUUGCAUUUGGUCAUGGCGCUCACUCAUGCAGCGGCAAGCACAUUAGCAUCAUGGAAGUUACCAAAGUCAUUCCUACCCUGUUGUUGAGAUAUGACCUGGAACUUGUUGGAGACAAGACUGGCAAAUUUACCAACUGGUGGUUCACACCACAGCACGAACUAAAAGUCAAAAUGGUUCGCCGGUAG